UCCCGUACUUGUUUUAUUUCGUGGCCAAUCCCGGUCCAUCUCGCGCACCCAAUCACAGCCGUUCUCUCUCUCUCUCUCUCUCUCUCUCUCUAAUGGCGAUAUUGUCCUUGAUCUUCUCCUUAAUCACCCUCCUAAUCUUUCCCGCCGCCGCCGUUAUUAAGCUUCCAAGCGACAGAUCUGGCUCUACCGCCGGAGAAUACUGCGAGAGCUGGAGAUUGGCCGUGGAGACCAACAACGCCGGAUCCUGGAAUGUGGUUCCCGUCGCCUGCAAGGACUUCGUCGCCGAUUACGUUACCGGCGGCCAAUUCGACUCCGACUAUGAAGUCAUGGCCGAUUACGCCGUCGAGUUCGCGAAGACGCUGAAGAUCGCCGGCGACGGCUACGACGCUUGGGUCUUCGACAUCGACGAGACUCUUCUCACCAAUAUCGACUACUACAAGGCUCAUGGAUUCGGGACUGAACCGUUCGACGGAGAGAGUUUCAACGCAUGGGUAGAAUCAAGUGCAGCUCCUGCAUUCGAUGCGAGCCUGAGGCUAUACAAUGAGCUGAAGAAGCUUGGAUUCACCAUCUUUCUACUAACCGGACGGGACGAGGGACAAAGAAGUUGUACCGAGAAGAAUCUCCAGUACGCCGGUUAUUCCAAUUGGGAACGACUCAUCUUGAGGGGUCAUGAAGAUCAAGGGAAAGCAGCCACAACAUACAAAUCGGAGAAGAGAUCGGAAUUGAUAAAGGAAGGUUACAAAAUCCAUGGGAGUACCGGCGAUCAAUGGAGUGAUUUGGUGGGUUUUGCAGUGGCCAAACGAUCGUUUAAAGUCCCUAAUCCGAUGUAUUACAUUCCUUGAUUUCUUGGUUAUUUCCGGUUUAAUUUGGUAUGAUCCGAAAACUUACUGGGUUAUGAGAGUAACCCACAUGGUGCAUAUUUAAUUUGGCUUUCAAAACAUUGCUUGUGGUUUGAUGCCUUGCAAAAGGCAUAUGAUAAGACUAAUAGAAGUUAUAUUCAAUAAUAAUA